AUGGCGCAUAGCUUAUUACUCCUGUUCCUUGCUACAACUUCCCUGGCCACAUUCGCCCCCUACUAUGCGAACUUGACCUUCCAGCCUCCCCGGACGCUGUCGAACUGGUCGAAUCUCACCGUCGAAACACGGACGGGGACAUUUAUCGGGGCGUUGAACGACACCUAUCCCGAUGUUCGGCAGUUCCUCCGCGUGCCGUAUGCAAAGCCUCCUGUCGGCGACCUCCGCUGGCUCCCACCGCAACAACUGGAGAAGUCGUCGCGACGGUACGAUUCAACACGCUACGGUCCGGCAUGCCCCCAAUACGUCUCCUCAACCGCAACAACGUACAACCGCUACGCGCCCCCAAACCUCCUCAUCAACCUCGGCGAGUCCCUAAACGAGGGAUCCGUCGCAUGGUCCACAUCCGAAGACUGUCUCUCCCUCGCGGUUUGGACACCAGCGUACGCGGAUAACACCUCCAAGCUCCCCGUCGCGCUGUUUGUGACGGGCGGCCAUGGAACCAUGGGCGGUAUUGAUAUUCCGUCGCAGGUGCCCGAGCAGUGGGUUAGUCGGAGCCAGGAGCAUAUUGUCGUGACGAUUAAUUACCGGGUGAAUAUUUUUGGGAAUCCGAAGUCGAGGGCGCUGGAUGAGACGUCGCUUUCUCUGCUUGAUGUUCGUGCAGCGGUGGAAUGGGUCUCUGAGAACAUUGAGGCGUUCGGUGGUGAUCCAGAGAAUAUCAUGCUCUGGGGCCAAUCCCAAGGCUCCGCCCUAACGCACCUGUACACCCUCGCCUUCCCAACCGACCCCCUCGUCUCCAAAUUCGGCGUCCUCUCGCAACCCCCCUCCGUGAAAGUCGACCUGUCCACAACGCCCGACCCCUACGUCGGCUUCGAUAUCGUCGCCAAAGCGCUGGGCUGCAACUACGGCACCGACGCAGAUGCCGAACUCGAAUGCAUGCGGCAGGUCAGCUGGGUACAGAUCGAGGAGUUUAUUAACCGGUAUUCCGGGGAGGCGGAGUUGGACUUUUCCAAUUACAUACCGGACGAGCGAUACAUCUUCACAAACGAGACGACUCGCUACAUCGAAGGAAAAGUCGCGCGCGGCCCAGAAAUCCGCUCUAACACCGCGAGCGAAAUGCCCACUGCGAACCGCACAGCCACCGACCAGACACAGCGCCAAUGGCUAUGCAAGGGCGUGCAAGAGUCGGCCCUCCGAUACGAGCACGGCCUCGAUACGUAUCGCUACCUGUGGGCCGGGAACUUCAGCAAUAUCAGCCCCGAGCCGUGGCUGGGUGCAUUCCACUGGUCGGAUCUGCUGAUGAUAUUCGGGACGUAUGGGAAGGAUGUGGGACAUAUAUCGGAGCUGGAGGUUGAUACUUCGAUUGCGAUGCAGGAUUUGUUUUUGGCGUUUUUGAAGGAUCCGAGGGCGUUGGAGAGCGAGGGGUGGGCUGCUUUUGAGCCUGAUGGGGCGAAUGGAGGGCUGGUUUUGGAGUUUGGGAAGGGACCUGCGGUGAGGAAUGUUACGGGAAGUUGGCUUGAUGCUGGGUGUUAUAAUCCGAGUGUGCCGAUGAGGUUGUCGGGGUGA